AUGGCAAAGAGAGGAAAGAAGAAAACGCUGUCUGGCCGACAAGGGAGCACCGUCGUGGGAUCAAAAACAGUGGGGAACGAGAAUCAAAAUUCUUCGCCGGGGGGCAAUCAUAAAAAAAGUGCUGCUUUGCAUUCAGAAGAACGAUCAUCCCGUCGUAUUUGUCCAGAGACCAUCAAGGGAACCGAUGACAUGGGCCGGUUUUAUAGCUGCCAUGACGAACUGCUAUCCUUUCAAAAAGCCAAUCAAGAGGGGUUGUACCAUGCCAACUCGAUGUGGUGGGCCAAUGGCGGAUACAACGGAAGCAACGACGAGCAGGCCAUGAUUGGCGAUGAGGGGGGUGAAGAGGAUGCUGAGGAAGGCCUCGCCUUUUUAGAUCGAUUCCUUGCCCUUGACAACAAGAAAGCAACGGACGACUCGUUGCCCCAUGAACACCCUCCGUCAUCUCGUCAGAAUAAUCCUCGUCAGCAGCGUCGUCGUUUUGAUCAUGCAAUUGAUCUCGGCGCAGGAGUCGGCAGGGUGACCAAAUUGCUCCUGCUCAAACGAUACGGAGAAGUUCGUCUUGUAGAAGCUGAUGAAGGAUGGUCUAAACGAUCUAAGGUCUAUCUAGGCAGAAAGCGAGCUUCUCGAUGUAGCUUUAGCCACCAACGCCUCGACACGUUGACCAAGGCAGAUGUGCAAGGCUGGGGAGAACCCGCCGAUCUCAUGUGGGUUCAAUGGACGUUGCAAUAUCUCAUUGAUACCGACGUGGUCGACUGUCUGAAAGUAUUAGCAGGUGGACUUCGGGAAGGUUCGGGAGUCUUGAUUGUUAAGGAGAAUCGUCCGUAUGGAACACAGCGGGAAGAUAGGUUUCAAAUGGACAUGCCACAAGGGGUCAAUGAGAGGUACGAUAUCACCAGAACUGAUAACCAUCACCGGUUACUCUUUCAGCAAGCCGGUUUGAGGGUUUGCUAUACCGAGCGUGGCGAGGAAACAAAUGUAUACGCUUUAACUGCUAUGUGA